GAUGAACUCAAGCGCUGAAAAAGUCCGCACUGCAUAUAGUUGGAGGCCUGCGUGCGGAGUAUUCGCGGUUGGAUUCUCACAUCAUGGGUAAAAAGAGAAAGUCUAGAGCAUCUUCUGGUCAAGCUGCUUCAAAAGAUGCUGCAUACCGCGAGAACUCGCGGUUUGAUCUCGACGAGCAAUUCACCGACUCCGCCGACGAAUUUCAGGCCGGAAGGGAUCGCAUUUUGCUUGAUGAAGCUCCAGAGGCCAAACGGAGACGGAAAUUGGCAGAGGAUGAGGAACUUCUCCAGCUGUCCGAUGAAGAAAUCCAUGCCUACCGAUCGUCCAACGACGAGGAUGAUUAUGAAGAUGGAUCAAUAGUCGAGGAGGAAUACGCAGAGCCCUCCCCGCCAGGGAAAAGCUUAAGGCGACGAGGACGCGAGUCUGCGAGCCCUCCAAUCUCGGAAGAUGCGCAGGCUGCUCAAGACGAAGACGAGGAGGUAGGAGGGUGGGGGUCUUCGAAGAAAGACUACUACGACGCAGAUAUUAUUGAAACCGAGGGAGAUGCCUUGGAGGAAGAGGCAGAAGCUAAGAGGCUUCAGCAAAAGAAGUUACAGUCCAUGAAUGAGGCGGAUUUUUGGCUUGAUGAAGCCGGCUGGGCGACGCCACAGCCAAACGAGGAAGAUAGACAGCAGGCACCCAGCGGAGACACCAUCACAGAGGUUCUACCAGAAUUGCAGAUAUCUGAUGAUAUGAGCAUCGGAGACCGUUUGAACUUAUUGAAACAGAGAUACCCCGAGUUCGAGCCGCUAUCGAAAGAGUUUCUUGUACUACAACAAUUGCACCAGGAGCUUUCUGAAGCUCUCAAACAGAGGGCAGCCAGUACUGAUAAUGAUAUCUCGGCUCUGCUGAUAAAAUGGCGUGUCCUCUCAGCGUAUCUCGGAGCUAUCAGCAUGUAUUUUGUGCUUCUAGUAUCCCCUGCUCGGGACGUUGAACAACGUUGCCUUGCAAUGGCACCAGCCCAGCUUAGAGAACACCCGAUUAUGGAAACUCUACUUAAAUGUCGGAGGGAGUGGGAAGAGGUGCAAAAUAUACAAGAACCGGAAUUCUCCAACAUUACGGUGUGUGAAAUACCGGAAAACAUUGUUAAGCCCGUGUCCAAAACAAACGACAAGAUUGUCGAAGAAACACCCAAGAGAAUACGGAAAACAAAAGCACAAAAGGUCUCUGACAAGGCUCAAAUGGAAUCUGAAUUACGACGAGCGGAAAGAAUACGCCAGACUGAAGCGAGUCUGGAAGAGCUUUCCAGGCAAUUAGAACCUUAUAAGCUGCAAAAACAUAUAUCGAAGCGAGACAUGGUCUCAUCCGCCCCUGAUGAUGAUUCGGAUUUUGGUGACGAAAUUGGGCUUACUGCCUACGAAGCUGCAGAAAAAGCGAAGAAAAAGAAGUCAUUACGUUUCUAUACAUCUCAGAUUGCGCAAAAGGCGAAUAAACGAGAUGCUGCAGGACGUGAUGCUGGUGGCGACGCAGAUCUACCGUAUCGUGAGCGCCUGAAGGACCGGCAGGCUCGUCUAAAUAGAAACGCGGAGAAACGAGGCCAUCAGCAAGCCAACGAGCUUGAGCGGCUUGGUGGUGACAGUGAUGAAGACGAUUACAGAGCCGCUAAGAAGAUCAGAGGAGAAAUGGGUUCUGAUAGUGACGACUAUUACGAUUUCGUUGCUGCUCGUAAUAAGCAGAAAAAGGAGAACAAGAAGAAACUCGCCGAAGCAUAUAUUGAAGCUACUCGGGAAGGUGGUCACGUCGAGGUCCAAGAAGAAAUUGGCCCUGACGGAAAGCGAGCCAUCACAUACGCCAUUGAAAAGAAUAAAGGAUUAGCUCCGAAGAGGAAUAAGGAUGUUCGCAAUCCCCGUGUAAAGAAGAGGAAAAAGUUUGAGGAGAAGAAGAAAAAACUGGGCAGCAUACGGCCCGUGUAUAAGGGAGGAGAAGGUGCUGGUGGAUAUGGAGGAGAGUUGACAGGUAUUAAGAAAAAUCUGGUCAAGAGUGUUAAAUUGUAA